CAUCCAUUCCACCUUUGGCCUCGUACGGAGGCGUAGAUAGAGGUGACGAGUGAAUCGAAGGUAUCAUCGUCGGGUGACUCUUGGUUCAUCUCGGCGUCUCACUAUGCCUGUUGAUCCCACCACUGCAGCCAUUGGCUUUCCCGGCGGAUCCGCAAGUCUGUACCACCUCCAUGCAGCAGUCGCAGCGCUACUCCCGAGUACCAGCAGUAGUGAUAGCUCUGGGAGCAGUACCUCGCUGCCUCUUCCCUCGGCUUCUCUCUGCCACUCGCGAGCCUUUCUCCUCGAUCUCAAGAGUCAGGCAGAUGAUGUUGCUGGUUCAAGCUCAGGCUCAAGCGCGGCUCCAGCGGUAGGAACGUCCAGGUCAGGCCUCUGGCAGACCGAGCAGGAGCGCGAGCGGGAGGCAUCCGAGUCACUCUCAUUGAUCAGCAGACGGCACAGAGGAGAGGAGAGGGCACUUGGUGAUGCGCUGGACGCUCUGCCGGCGCACUGGAAGCUGCACAAUGCCUUUUGCUCGCGGUGCGUGGGCGUAGUAGUGCCGGGGAUUACUGCAUCCUCACUGGUCGGCAAAGGCAAGCAAAGGGAGGUCGAGCCGCAUCGCGUAGCGCAAGGCGUGACUCUAGGACCAAGAUCCAAGGAUGCCGUUCGCAAGAGGAAGAGGAUGCGGCAAUCUGCAAAUGCGGACCUAGACGGCCCACCACUGGUCUGUCUCCUCUGCCAGACCGGCAACACUCUCGCAAUGACGUCCAGCAAGCGGCGGAAGGAUCGCCAUUUGGAAACUCCAGCUGGGAUACUCAAGAGCUAUUCUCCAUUGACGAGUGAAGAGAAGCUGGCAAAGAAGGCCAGUCUAAGCAGAUUUCAGUCUGUCCGGCGGAGGGAGGGCGUGAAGGAGGUGGGCGCAGCGAGGCAGGAGACACGUCCGCCAGCAGCUCAGAUGUCGGUCAAAGUUGAGAAGAGCCAGCUCGAGCCUAUGUCCUCGAACGAUACGAGCCAGGCUCAGAGGGACAGUGGUAGUACUUUGCAAGCAGGCGGAGAGGGCAACACGUCGAAGAGGUCUCUCCAGCCAGACAUCGCAGCGCCGAACAAGACGAUGCUCCUUGCCUCGCCGGCACCGCGUAGUAAGCAGUCCGAACAGAAGGCUCUAUCGAAGGCGCUCCUCCCCGACCCUACGGCCAAUACUCCCACAUCGAAACCCCCCGCCAAGACCACAGCCGCUCUACCGGCUGUCCAGAGCGGAACGGGCAAUAACAAGAAGAAGGACCACAAGGCUGCUCUGCGUGCCAUGCUCGCCAAGGGCGGGGCGGUGGAAAAGAAGGGGAGCAGCAGCAGUAAGAGCAAGGAGGAGGAGCGACCAGCGUCUGGGGGAGGAGGUGGGGGACUGAGAGACUUCUUGGCUGGCUUGUGAGGUAGAGAGGACGGCGAGGCGCGGGAGACUGUGACAGACACCUAAGCUGGCUGUUUAUGCACUUGUACAUUGACAUUGUAGAGCUACAUCCAUGCGCAGUCUUGAGUGAUGGUGACGAGCGUUCCUUUCUUUUGCAUU